AUGAAGAUACUGGAAGCAGUGGAGUUUGAAAUUUCUCAAAUAGCUUGGAUGAUUUGGUUUGCAGUUUUUGCAGUUUCGCUUACUUACCUGUGGCUAUGCAGAAGAAGCAAGAAAAAGGGAAAAAGGUUACCGCCAGGUCCAAAAGGGUUGCCAAUUUUGGGGAGUCUUCACAUGUUGGGGCCAAAUCCUUAUCGUGAUCUGUACCAACUAGCUCAAAAGUAUGGGCCUAUCAUGUACUUGCGCUUAGGUUUUGUGCCCACCAUUGUUGUUUCUUCACCCCAAGCCGCUGAACUUUUCCUCAAGACCCAUGAUCUUACCUAUGCUAGUAGACCACCUAAUGAGGCUGCAAAGUACAUUGCUUGGGACCAGAGGAACUUGUCCUUUGGUCAAUAUGGUUCUUACUGGCGCAACAUGCGUAAGAUGUGCACCUUGGAAUUGCUAAGCCACGCCAAAAUUAACUCCUUCAGACCUCUGAGGGAAGAGGAACUUGACCUGUUCAUCAAGCAUCUAAGAGAGGCAGCCAAUGAUGGAGCUGCUGUUGAUCUCAGUGCUAAGGUUUCAACACUCACUGCAGACAUGGCUUGUAGAAUGAUUUUAGGGAAGAAGUACAUGGACCAGGACUUGGAUGAGAAGGGUUUCAAGGCUAUAAUGCAAGAGGUAAUGCACUUAGCAGCAGCUCCUAACGUAGGAGAAUACAUUCCUUUCAUCGGCAAGCUUGACCUUCAAGGACUAAUCAAGCGUAUGAAGGUUUUGCACAAAAUCUUUGAUGAAUUCUUUGACAAAAUUAUCGAUGAGCAUAUUCAAUCAGAGAAGGGGGAAGACAAGGUGAAGGAUUUUGUCGAUGUCAUGUUGGGAUUCCUCGGUACUGAACAAUCGGAGUACUGCAUUGAACGGCCCAAUAUCAAAGCCAUAUUGCUAGAUAUGUUGGCUGCUUCAAUGGAUACGUCUGCUACGGCAAUAGAGUGGACACUGUCAGAGCUGCUAAAGAAUCCAAGGGUGAUGAAGAAAGUCCAAAUAGAGUUGGAAAGUGUGGUGGGUCUGAAAAGGAAGGUGGAGGAAUCAGACUUGGAGAAGUUGGAGUAUUUGGACAUGGUUAUAAAAGAAAACAUGAGGUUCCAUCCAGUGGGACCAUUACUAAUACCACGCCAAUCCAGGGAAGAUUGCAUGGUUGGAGAUUUUUUCAUACCUAAAAAUUCAAGGGUGAUAGUAAACGCAUGGGCAAUAAUGAGAGACCCAAGUGCUUGGGAUGAGGCAGAGAAGUUCUGGCCAGAGAGAUUUGAGGGAAGCAGCAUAGAUGUUAGAGGGCGUGACUUCCAGCUGAUACCAUUUGGGUCUGGCAGAAGGGCUUGCCCAGGAUUGCAACUGGGUCUGACCGUGGUCCGUUUAACAGUGGCACAGCUUGUUCACUGCUAUGAUUGGAAGCUUCCAAAUAACAUGUUGCCAUGUGACUUGAACAUGACAGAGGAGUUUGGACUCACAAUGCCCAGGGCCAAUCAUCUUGUUGCCAUUCCAACGUAUCGCCUUCACCCUUAA